CCCAAGAAAGCCAAGAAGAGGAUCGAAGGUGGUAAUUCCAACAUCUUCUCCAUGUUCGAGCAGGCCCAGAUCCAAGAAUUCAAAGAGGCCUUCACCAUCAUGGAUCAGAACCAGGAUGGCUUCAUCAACAAGGCAGACCUGAGAGACACCUUUGCUGCGCUCGGGUGCCUGAAUGUGAAAAACGAGGAGAUUGAUAAGAUGAUAAAGGAGGCACCUGGCCCCAUCAACUUCACUGUGUUCCUCACCAUGUUUGGUGAGAAGGCACCCAGGGAGCUGGGGAGGGGUGUCAGUGGGGCGUUCAAGGUGUUGGAUCCAGAGGGGAAAGCCCUGAAAUCUGCCUACAUCAAAGAAACGCUGAUGACACCGGGUGAGAGGUUUUCCCAGGAAGAG